CCUCCCCCUCAAGUGAACGCUUGGUGUUCCUUAGUCAUUAAAAAAAAAUAACUCCUCAGCACGACGUUGGACAGUCUGUUUUCUCGCUUUCUGAAAGCGCAGCGACCUCCUCGUCUCCGGGUGAAUCCUUUGAACUUAGCCGCCUGAAAAAGCCCUCAUUACAAUACCCUAUCAGGAAAGGCUUCAUCGGGUUCGACCCUGGCUGUAUUAUCCAUCAUUCAUCAUUUCUCCCCAUUGGAACACGAGUCGCUCCUUGAUCAUGUCUGCCGACCAAUUGCUUUUCUCAAUGGGUCAUUCAUCCCAGGGUGAUGAAUUCUUUGAUUUUGACAACUUCUUUGAUAUCCCCUCGGGUUAUGUCGACAGUAACCCGACCUCGGUCAACUCAAUCUCCCCCAAGGACUUGGACCUGACCUACAACGACCUAGACGGGUCAAAUUGGGAUUCAGGACUCGACCUGUGUACUCAAUUUCCAUUCACCGACUUUGUCAACCACGAACCAUCAUUCCAGGAAUACUACGGAGGCGCUGCGAAUGCCGAGCCUGUGGUAGAUCCCAAUGAUAUCCUUCAACUUCCGUCAACUUCACCAAGUGAAGUCUUCGUUGGAUCCGGUUUUGACAGUGCCUGGCUGCCAGGUGCACACGGUUAUGAUGACCAUUGCUAUUCGACCAUCCGGCAUAUGGUAGAGUCGCAAGCGGCGGUUGACCCGAGCUGUUCAUCCAAGAAAGAAAAGCGUCGAGAAGCAGCCAUAGCCUUACAUCUACAGCGCUUGCAAGAUGCCCCGCUUCCCGAGAUGGAUAUGUCUUCGGAUUCAAAUACCAGCUUCCCAUCGCCUCCGUGGAGUGUUUCCCAUGAUGCUCCAUGCGCCAGCCCUGCGACUACUUCAUUAUCCGAUUCAACCGGCAAGUCGCCAACGCCUCCCUCCGCCGACGCAACGCCUGGCGGGAUUGAACUGGUCUUGGAUCUUAACAUGAACACGCCGGCCAAUCUACCGAGGAAGCAGAAACCUCGAUCACGGGCUCAAAAAGAGAAUUACAUCAAAGUUCGAAAACAUGGUGCCUGUGAAAAACAUCGAAAACAGCAUAAGAGGGUAAGUCAACCGACAAUUUAUCUAGGUGAGCAAGGUAUAUUGAUACGGAUAUAGUGCAAUUGCCUUGACAUCAAGGGCGUUCAUCUCAAUGUCAACAGCAUCGCUCUUUCUCCUACUUCCGCGGUGCUUGACUCGACUAGACAGAUUAAUCUGUCUCACGCACGGCCACGCCAUGUUUCACUACCUAAACAGACACCGCCCGGUGUCCUUCCCCCGAAUGUGGAAGCUCCAAAGACCGUGCUUUGGAAGCACAGGGAGAGA